UGGUGAUCAUUAAAUUUUUUGCCUUCUCUAAAGACGAAACCAGCGCCUACUGGAUCGUUAUGACACUGAUGAUGAGGCUAUUGCACCCCAAAAAGACAAUAUGCCACAAGCCCCUCAAAUACAACCACCACCUAAAAGGAUAUGGUCAUCAUCUACUGAGCUACAACUAAGUCCUCAAGGACAAAGACAACCUCAACCCUCCGUAUGGCCUCAGAAAUCCUCGUGUCUGACACAGAUCCCAGAAACUCCAGGACCAUCAUUGUUGGACAUGAGCCCUUCAUCUGAAUGGCAAGAGAGAACUCUUGGGUCUUCAUUACGCCAAGCGAUUGACAUGCCUGAACAGACGCCUACUCUGCCUUUUCACCUUACUCCCCAACAGUUUUCUGCCAGAACAUCACAGCACAUCACAGGACAUCAUAGUGGCACAACUUUACAGUCUCCUGAUCAGGCAGUGGAAUCACUGUGGCAUCAUGACUCCUCGACGCCCAGACUCCAGACAAAGCGCCUCCCAAGCAACGAUCCAUUCCAGAGAUCACUUCUUCAUGACAUCUUAACAAAACUUGAAAUUGUUAUGGAGCAGCAAAGAAACAUUGUAAGAAUGGUUCAGGAUCUCAAAGAAAACAAUGUCAGGGAGAUCACUGAGGCUAACGACUUAACUACAAAAUGUUUUCCAAUUGAAGAUUUAAGAUCAUUAACUUCCCUGGAAAGUGAUCUUCAAUCCAAAACGAUUUAAUGUUGAAGUUUUUCACAGUUAAGGAUCAAUAACGAAAUGUGCAUCAAUUUAUCUAUUUGUUGCUGACCAUAAAACAUCACAGUCUAGUUACUUUGGAUCACACAGCCUCACAGUUGGUCCUGAUUUAGACCACCAACCCUUGUAGAACCCAAUUCCAGCGUACAGAGGCUAAGUGAAUGUGGUGUGGACUCUGUGGAGGAGUUUCAUCAUGUCAGAGACGCUGUAGAAGGACAGAGUUCCUGCACUGUGAUCCACAUACACUCCUAUUCUGGAGGAAGCUGGAACACUGAGCUUAGUCUCAAUGCUGUUGUGCCAGAAAGAGAGAGAGGAAGAAAAGUACUCCAAAUUCCAAGAUGGCGGCGCGGCAGUAGCACGCAGCGGCCACUCCGGAUACAAAAUGGUGCUUUUUUCGUCCUUAGGCCGACUUUUUAACGGCACAUGGACAUCGGAGCUACCGGUGUUCGUGUUUACCACCGCCAGACACUCAUAAACCUCAAACACUACAACACAGCCUCUCUGCAAGAUGAUCUGUUGGAGAAGCUACGCGAUCUCGGCUUGCUGCGGGGACCAGGCCUCCAGCCCUCGGCGUCGCCCGAUGCCGGUGGCCGGGGGAGGGGACGUCGCAAGCGGUGCGCGAGAAAGCAGAAGCGCGGCAAGAGGGCGGGGGUUCGUGCUAGGCUAAAAACAAACCCUAGCCGGCCAGCUCUCCCGUCCAUCCUGCUCUCCAAUGUCUGCUCCCUGGAUAAUAAACUGGACUACAUCCGACUCCAGCAAGCUACGCGGCGUGAGUUUAGAGACUGCUGCGUCUUUGUUUUCACAGAGACGUGGCUCAACGACAGAGUUCCGGACGCCGCCAUUCAGCUAGACGGGCUAGCCUCGUUUCGUGCCGACAGAAACACAGCUCUGUGCGGUAAGGCUCGCGGCGGCGGCUUGUGUGUUUACAUCAACACGGAAUGGUGCAAGAACUCGGUGCUAGUCUCUAGUUACUGCUCAUCACUGGUGGAGUUUAUGACUGUUAGAUGUAGACCUUUUUAUUUACCACGGGAAUUCACUACUGUUUUCAUAAUCGGUGUGUACAUUCCCCCCAGUGCUAACGCUAAUGCUAAAGAGGCGCUCUGUGAACUGUAUGGGGCUAUUAGCGAGCUGCAGAACUCAAACCCUGACGGACUGUUUAUUGUUGCCGGAGAUUUCAACCAUGCAAAUCUCAAGUCAGUGCUCCCUAAAUUCCAUCAGCAUGUGGACUUUGCAAC